UAUUUUCCAAGUAGACACAAAUGUCAAGAACUACCAGCGCUUUUCUAAUGUAAACAAGUACCUCGGCGUGUAGAGUCGUGCUUGCGUCGUUGCCCAGGCUCGUCAGUAUGGUCUGCUAGAACAGUGGAUAGCGGAUGUACCACGGAUUAAAUCGACUGGAUAAAAUGGAUGCAAUUUGUUUUCAUAGGUGGCCUAAUAACGCGAAUUGGAAAUGUGCUAACGAUUAGACGCUACGGUUAGGAGCUAUAAAUUCGAAGUACUCCAAUAGACGAAAGCGACUAACAUGAAAGAGUUCCGCCGAAUAUGCUUGUCAGUACUGUUACCAAGCAUUUCGUUUGCAAUGGAAAAGGGGAGUCUUGUCGGCACACAGAAUUGGACCCACGUAGAGCUUGAAGUGUUUCCAGAUAUUACCGACCUAGAGGAUGAUGGUGGCACAUCUGUGGUGAUUUUCGCAAAUCCACCUCUGAACUAUACCGCAGUUGUUGAAGGCUGUUGGUUCAAAACACAUCAGCGAAUCACAAUCAUCUUAGUAGACGGCGUGUGGAGGCAUGGCCGAGGGCGAAGACCGAUGAAACCAUAUUCGAAGUACAACAUCACCGUAUACAGUGGCACCAAACCAGUCGCGUUUAAACAGUUCAUUACCGACGUAGGAAGGCCAGAAACGGGCGUCAUCGUCGAAGUCGACUCAGUUUCGUUGACCAGUGCGAUUAUUUACGCAAAGCCAAGAUCUAAAGAGCUGUUGAAUGGACGACCAACAGGUUACCGUGUAGAACUUUGCCCGACCAUCAUCCAUGAUCCGAUCACAAACUCAACUGAAUGUGUCCGUAUAGAGUGCAAGAUAAUGCCCUGUGUACUUUAUAAGCUAAAACCAGGCAUGCACUACAACGGGUCUGUCUGGGCGUAUAAUACCAAUUUUUGUAUGGAGGAUCUGGAAAAUCGGUCAUAUCAGACUGUGUUUAAAUUGUAUACAAAAAAGAACUUUUCACAUAGAUGGAUUCUAAAAGCUUGGACUGCAACCAUUGUAAUACCAAUUGCUACUUUCAUUGGGUUAAGCGCCUUCAUAAUUGCCAGUAAAGUUAGAAGUGAUACAUACGAACCCCUUUGGUAUGAGAAUCCUGUAGCUGGGCCUAUCUUGCAGUAAUAUCUAGCCAACAGACAAUUCGGUCCGGAAUUCAGUCAUACAAGCCUAUAACAUAACAACAGGUAGACCUAUUGUAAAUGGGUAAUCCCAUUAUUAUUAACGGCGAAUUUAUUGAUUUUUUAAUAAGAUUGAAUAAAUUAAUCUUUUUAAGUAUAUAACAUAUGUAUAUAAUCUGUGUAUCUGAUUCUUAUGUACGUAAAAUUACAAAUUCAGAACGACACCAUACAAGCAGGGCCUCAAGUUCAAGCUACUCUUCGAUUUCAUCUAAA